AUGAUGGAGCCUCAACCUCAUCAUCUCCUCAUGAAUUGGAACAAACCUAAUGAUCUCAUCACACAAGAAUACCCCUUUCUCCACGAUCCUCAUCUCAUGAUAGAUCCACCUCCCGAAACCCUAAGUCAUUUCCAGCCCCCGCCGACACUUUUCUCCGGUCACGGAGGGGAGGAAGAAGAAGAAGAAGAUAAUGAAGAGGAAGAGAUGGAUGCGAUGAAGGAGAUGCAGUACACGAUCGCUGCCAUGCAGCCCGUGGACAUCGAUCCAGCCACCGUUCCUAAACCGAACCGCCGUAACGUAAGGGUAAGCGACGACACUCAGACGGUGGUGGCUCGUCGGCGUCGAGAAAAGAUAAGCGAGAAGAUCCGAAUAUUGAAGAGGAUGGUGCCAGGCGGUGCGAAGAUGGACACAGCCUCCAUGCUCGACGAAGCCAUCCGUUAUACCAAGUUCUUGAAACGGCAGGUGAAGCUUCUUCAGCCUCACUCUCAGCUUGGAGCUCCUAUGUCUGACCCCUCUUGCCUUUGUUAUUACCACAACUCCCAAACCUAA